AUGGUGUCUCUUGAGAAUGCGACUUCGCCCGGCAGCGCUAAACUUACCCCUGCGCCCAGUCCGCAAAAGGAUCACGCCUUGAUUGAGUGCUCGUCAGAGGAUGAAAUCGCCACCAGCCCUGUCACGCUUGGCGGUCCCUCGAAAUGUGCCUCGAGUUGCAAGAGGCGUCGCACGACCCUUCUCACGGCGCCCACGUCAACUUCUUCAAUCUUCUUGCGUGAUCCGCCCGCAUCGCCUACCCCCACCCGCUAUGCAAGACAUUCUGGCCAUGCGCGAAACUCUAGGGCCUCCGCAAAGAACCCGCGCAAAAUUACCGCGGUCAAGAAGUCCCUCAAUGACAAACCUCCUUCCCAGAGUACUCCCACAAAAGAUGCACGCCCGUGGGACUACGACAUCUAUGACGUGAUGGCGGAGCCGGAGAUUCCGUCUUUCUCCUCUCCCACCGCAAACUUCGAACUUUGCGAUGCCGUCCAAAGCUCCAGCUCGCCUGCUUUGACGUCGACAGCAGCUGCCCAGAGCCUACUCGGCAGCGUUGUAUUCACGGCCGCAGAGAUCUCUGCUAUCAUCCAAGAUCUAGAAGAUAUCGAACUGCAGGAAGGAGACGAGAGGCUGAGGAUGCAUAUCAGGAUGCUGAGGGAGCGUCUUACGGAGUGA